CGGAGCUUCCUCGGCCUCGGCUCGUGUCUCUCCUCGGCCUCUGCCCGUUUCUGCUCGGGAGUCAACACGAGAAGCACCGACCUGUGAGAGCUGGUACCCGGGACCCCGCUGCUCCUCUCCGGGGAAGAAGAAGAAGUAGAAGAAGGGAGGGUGGACGCCACUGGUAUUUCUCUGUUCCCUUUCCUGUGUGUCGGUGACGCUGCUCGAGCCGAAGCGGGAGACGAGGCUCCGUUCAGCGGGCAAAGAGGAGCGGGCACCGCGGGGAUGGACCGACCUGCUGAGCGGUCGUCGCCGGGAGACAGGCGCUAAUCCGGGGGUGCUGAGCAGCAGGUGCACGGGAGGAUAACCGGAGGCCAGCGGGAAUCUCAGUGUUCAUGAAACUUUGCUACGAUUUACGUGCUGGGGUUGCCGUCCACCAUGUUAAGGUAAAGCCCCGGUGCGCGGUGUUGACCAUGCUAAAGCGCCUGGACAAGAUCCGCUUCAGAGGCCCCAGGACGAGAGACGAGUUUCCGGACUUGGCGGAGUCGCCGCCCGCCUCUGACAACGAAUGUAGCGAUGACAUGCAGGUGAAGCCCAAGGCAGCUUUACGGGACACGGAGGACCUCCUGCGAGACCCUGCAGGUUCAGGGUCUCCCAACAUGGCUGCGGCCAUCCAGGAGUUCCAGAGGUCAGAGUCAGACCGACUGAAUGAAGUCAAAGGUCACCUGGAAAUUGCCUUACUGGAGAAACAUUUCUUGCAGGAGGAGCUGAGGAAGCUGCGGGAAGAGACAAAUGUGGACUCCCUGCGACAGGAGCUGGACAAGGAGCGAACCAAGAGGAUAGACCUGGAGCAAAAGAUGAAUGAGGUGCUCAAGUCCAGGCUGGAGGACUCUCCACCACAGCCUCCCCGGAAACAGCAGUCGCCCUCCAACAAUGGCACAGCAGAGAAACAGCAGAAGGAGGUGUGGAGCUCACGGCUGCAGAAGUGGCUGCACGAGCGCUUCGGGGUUUACAUCGAAGACUUCCGCUUCCAGCCGGAGGAGAGCACCGUGGAGGCAGAGGAACCACUAAGUGCAAAAAGGUUGACAGAAAAUAUGAGGCGACUCAAGCGAGGAGCCAGACCUGUCACCAACUUCUUAAGGAACCUCUCAGCCUUAUCCAAUUGGCACUCUGUCUACACCUCAGCUAUUGCCUUCAUUAUCUAUAUGAAUGCUGCAUGGCAUGGUUGGGCCAUUCCCAUGCUCCUCUUCCUGGCUAUCCUGCGCUUGUCCUUAAAUUACCUCAUCGCCAGAGGUUGGAGGAUCCAGUGGAGCAUAGUGCCUGAGGUGUUUGAACCCAUGGAGCCUCCAAAGGAAGACUUGACAGUGUCUGAAAAGUUCCAGCUUGUACUUGACGUUGCACAAAAAGCACAGAACCUUUUUGGUAAGAUGGCAGAUGUUUUGGAGAAGAUAAAGAACCUGUUCAUGUGGGUGCAGCCGGAGAGCACCAGGAAACUUUACAUCUGCCUGUGGAUGGCUUUCAUCACCUCAUGCGUCAUGCCAUACAAACUGAUGGGCUUCAUGAUGGGCUUGUAUGCCGGCAUCAAGUUCUUCAUCAUAGACUUCCUUUUUAAGAGCUGUCCGAAGCUGCGGGACAAGUACGACACACCUCACAUCGUGUGGAACAGCCUCCCCACCGACCCCCAGCUAAAAGAGAGGACCAACGCCACUGUGUCACGGCGGGUCCAGCCAGUAGUCUCUCGCAGCAGCCUCGCCACGGUCCCAUGUGGGGUGAGCAGAGAGGAGGAGACUGGUCGCUCCCAUAGCACCAAGAAGGGAGCCUUUCAUGAGAUUUUCAGCCUGUCAGAGUUAGAGCGCCCUCUGGCCGUGUGUGAGAACGGCUGGAGGUGUUGCCUGAUAAACCGAGACAGGAAGAUGCCUACAGACUACAUCAGGAACGGAGUGCUUUACGUUACAGAAAGCUACCUGUGCUUUGAGAGCUCCAGCUCCAGAUCCAGCGCCUCUAAAAAGAACAAAGUUAUAAAGCUGGUGGACAUCACAGACAUACAAAAGUACAAAGUGCUGUCAGUCCUGCCAGGAAGUGGAAUGGGAAUCUCCAUAGCAACUCCCUCCACCCAGAAGCCGUUGGUGUUUGGUGCCAUGAUCCACAGAGACGAGGCUUUCGAGGCCAUCUUCACACAGUACAUGAAGAUCAUGACCACCACCAAACCACCAGCCAGUGCAGAGCUCUAGACAGACUCCCUCCCUGCAGCGCGUCUCUGCACUGGGGCUUCAGUCUGAGGCAGAGAGCCUCCUGAGUUUGUACUGGAAUGGCAGAAACUUUCAAACACCACACUCCUCUGCUCUGCGAAAGCCUUCUCCUCUUGUGACGGGCACCAGCUUCCUCAUUGGUGGCCAUCAGCCGGCUUUGAUAGGCGGCUUCUCUGUCCAGGACACGUCUGAGGGGAUAUGGGGGUGUCUUCUGGAUUUGGACACUGUGGGUGUGUGGGACAGUGGAACACAUUUUCCAGGGUGAUGGGCUAACGUGUGGUUUUUAUCAAUCAGCAGAUGGCUGGUGAGGGGGCUGGUUCUCCUCUCCCACCUGACUGACCAACUGGUGACUGGUGUCUGACUUACCUGUGUGUGUGUGCACGUGUGUGUGUGUGUAUUUUGGGGGUGGGUUAAUGUCACUGUGGUUUGCUAUAGUAGGAAGAUUUCAAAAAGUGCUCCACCUGCCUGUAAAAAUCAUAAAACUAGAAAUAGUAGCGUCCACACCUCUGCCAAGGCCCUGCAGUCCCCUUUAAAUUAAAUCAAGCAGCACCAAAUUACACACUCAUAGAUCUCAGUCCCCUUAAUAUGCCUGAUAUUUUUCACCCAAAUCAAUGAAUUAUUUUAUAGUUAUUAAAUGCAAAAUUUAUUGGGUCCUUCCACUAGGUUUUGUGGAAAUGCAUCAUGUAGUUUUUACAUAAUCACGCUGAUAUACGAAAACAUAACUUGGCAGAUGUGACAAAUAAUAGAAACUUAAACUGCCAGAUUUUAUAUAUCUGUAAGUGUAGCCUCAUAAAUCGGUGUAAAAACGGCUUAUAGUGAAGUGCUGAAAUAUUUUGACGUUAAACUGGAUGAUUGGUGCCUCUUGGAAUGGCCCAACAAAACUGAAAGAGUGCACAAGUGUGAGUGGACAGUGAUUAUGUGUGUGUGUGCACGCGUGUGUGUUUAAAUGUAUAUUAGCUGUGAGCGUGUCAGAUCACUGUUUGACUGACACAGAGCCUUUCUGUUAGUUUACACUGCUGCUGUCUAACUCCUGGAUUCUCUUCUUUUUAGACGCGUGUCGGCAGCUUCAGAACGCGUUAGUCACCCAACGAACAUAAAACACGCGCUGCAUUCAGUAUCCGCUUCUGUGUUUUAUAAGUGUGCAUAUGUGAAACAUACAGCAAGGUUUUUUUUCUUCUCAACAAAUGCCUUUAUUUUGAGAUUUUUUUAGUUUUCCUCGUAACAAACAGCCUUUGGGAUGAGUAGCUGUUGGUCCUGGAGAUGAGAGCACAACACUGACUGCCAUUCAGAGGCACAGUGGAGAACACAGCCUCCCAUGUCUAAGCUUCUGUUGUCAGGGCACAAUCUUCACACGUAUACCGAGAUUUUCUUUUUUCCCCCUCAAUAGUAUUCUACCUGCACUUUAUAGGACCGUCACCUUGAAAUUCUGACACCUGUUGCAGUGAAUAUAAUUCAAAUCCAAUGACAGUGUUUGCCAUAUAGUUGUUUUUGUACCGGAGUCGUCGCAGCUGGCCGUGUUUCGGGGGG